AUGUCGAAUUAUGGCACUGUACCAGUUGGUUUUACCGGUGAACAAAAUCCAUCAGCUAAUACAACUAUAUGGACGGUUCCGUCAGAUCCUACUUCGAGUUCAGAGAGAAAUUUCCUAGUACCAAAUGAUGAUAAAGGUGCGCCAAAUGAUAACGCAUAUCCACCACCAUCGGCUCCUGAUCCAGGUGAUUUACCACCAAACUACUAUGAUAUAUCAAUCGUGCCCAACAAUGUUGUUCUACAUUAUAAUGAAGUUACUCCAUAUACUCAACCAUCAAAUGCAAAAGUUGAACGUAAAAGUGAGGGUGUUAUGUCAUUUGAUCCACUUGUUGAUAAGAAUCCUGAUCAACUAUGGCUUUAUUUUAUGACUUAUCUUAAUGAAAAGCCAUCUUUAACUGUCAACAUUCAUGGUUAUCAUGUUGAACACUAUACUACGUAUGAAAGACGUCAAGCCGCUGAUGGUAGUUAUCAUAGCCAUGCUGUCCAUCAUACCCGUAAUGUGACUGAUUUUAAUAUUAAUGUUGAUUUAGCACCAUAUGUAACUCAACAAUGGUGGCGUGUUGCUGUUAUCCCAUCGAAGAAAGCGGCCGCAGCCGGUGAAGUUGUUUUAUUCAGAGAAGCUCUUGAACAAUAUACACGUUCUGACAAAAGUAUUAAAGAGAUCACAUGCCAAAAACAAGUUGUUGGAUGGAAUUUUCAAGAAUUGCAGAAUAAAAUUAAAGCUUUGAUUUAUUCAACUGGCUAUCGAAAUCAUAUUACUAUUACUUUCCCUAUGGGAAAUCAUCGAAUAUCGGCUCGUUCACCAUCAACACUGAGUCGGUUUUCAAACUCAACAUUAGUGCGUGUUUUAUGUGUUGUUUCAUGUUUAUGUAUUAUCUUCGGUCCUAUCUAUCUAUGCUUGCGAGCGGCAGGUUCGACACGUGAUCAAAUCGUAGCGGAUUAUGCAAUGGCAGCACCCAUUGAUACUUUUCUUCAUUUUAAUGCUGGCGUGAUUGCUACUGCAGCAAUAAGUCGCUCACAACAUUCACACAUUGCUUAUAUUGGUUAA